CAGAUUAUGGUGCGACAGGGCGAGAAGAGUGAGGUGGCAAUUGACGGAGCUUGGUACGAGAACAAGAAGAAGAAGGAGAAGUAGAGACUCUCUGGCUGUGUCUACGUCCUUCGAGGAGGUGCUACGUUCAUUGACAAGGUCCUGUGCUUACUGGCGCUGCCAUGUCGGCGAAAGCCAUCUCAGAGCAGACAGGAAAAGAGUUCUUGUAUAAAUAUAUCUGCACCUCAGCGGCCGUGCAGAACCGCUUCCUCUAUGCCAGUGUCACCGCUGAGACCGACUGGGACCGCCUCACACAGGAGCACCCAUGGCUGCUGACAGAGCGUCUCGUGGUAAAGCCAGAUCAACUAAUCAAACGGCGUGGGACGCUCGGACUGGUGGGCAUCAACUUGAACCUGCAGGGUGUCCAGGAGUGGCUAAAUGCCCGCCUCAUGAGAGAGACCACUGUUGGGAAGGCAAAGGGUGUGCUGAAGAACUUCCUCAUUGAGCCCUUUGUUCAACACCAACAGGAGGAGGAGUUUUAUGUGUGUAUUUAUGCCACACGUGAGGGCGACCAUGUGCUUUUCCACCACGAGGGAGGAGUGGAGGUGGGUGAUGUGGACGCCACGGCCCAAAGGCUGCUGGUCGCAGUGGAUGAGAAGCUGAGUGAGGACCAAGUCACGGAGAAGCUCCUCACACAUGUUCCCGAUGAAAAGAAAGAAGUCUUGGCCAGUUUUAUAGUUGGCCUCUUCAACUUAUAUGAGGACCUCUACUUCACCUACCUUGAGAUCAACCCUAUAGUCGUCACCAAAGAUGGAGUGUACGUCCUCGACAUGGCAGCCAAGAUUGAUGCCACAGCAGAUUACAUCUGCAAGGCUAAAUGGGGUGAUGUGGAGUUUCCCCCACCCUUUGGCAGAGAAGCAUAUCCAGAGGAGGCAUACAUAGCUGAUCUGGAUGCAAAGAGUGGUGCCAGUCUUAAGCUGACCUUGCUGAACCCUCGUGGCAGGAUCUGGACCAUGGUGGCUGGAGGAGGGGCUUCAGUAGUCUACAGCGACACCAUCUGUGACCUUGGCGGGGUGGAUGAACUGGCUAACUACGGCGAGUACUCUGGCGCACCCAGUGAACAGCAGACCUACGACUACGCUAAAACCAUCCUCUCUCUCAUGACACGGGAGAAACAUACACAAGGAAAAGUGCUGAUCAUCGGAGGAAGUAUUGCCAACUUCACCAAUGUAGCAGCCACAUUCAAGGGCAUUGUCAGGGCCAUCAAAGACUACCAAGGUCCUCUGAAGGAGCACGAGGUCACCAUCUUUGUUCGACGUGGCGGGCCCAACUACCAGGAGGGGCUGAGGGUCAUGGGGGAAGUAGGGAAGACCACAGGUAUCCCCAUCCAUGUGUUUGGUACCGAGACCCAUAUGACGGCCAUUGUUGGAAUGGCUCUGGGCCACCGGCCAAUCCCAAACCAGCCCCCAAUGGACGCACAUACGGCUAACUUCCUCCUCAACGCCAGCAACAGUGCAGUGACUCCAGCUGCAACAAGGACCGCUUCAUUCUCCGAACCCAGGACGUCUAGCGAUGUCAACCCGGCUAAAAAGUCUAAAGCAGGUCUUCCAGCAGAAGCGCAAGCCUCAUCAGGCUGCAGCGGAGCCAAACCCAACACACUGUUCAGAAAACAAACCAAGGCCAUAGUCUGGGGCAUGCAGACAAGGGCCGUGCAAGGCAUGAUGGACUUCGACUACGUGUGCUCCCGGGAUGAACCCUCUGUGGCAGCCAUGGUCUACCCCUUCACUGGGGAUCACAAGCAGAAGUUUUACUGGGGCCACAAAGAGAUCCUGGUGCCGGUCUAUAAGAACAUGGCCGAUGCCAUGAAGAAGCACACUGAGGUGGACGUCCUGAUCAGCUUUGCUUCACUGCGCUCAGCCUUCGACAGCACUAUGGAGGUCAUGCAGCACCCACAGAUUCACACCAUCGCUAUCAUAGCUGAGGGCAUUCCUGAGGCUCAGACAAGGAAGAUAAUCAAGAUGGCUGAUGAGAAAGGUGUCACUAUCAUCGGCCCGGCUACGGUUGGUGGCAUCAAGCCCGGCUGUUUUAAGAUCGGCAACACAGGUGGCAUGCUGGACAACAUCCUGGCUUCCAAACUCUAUCGCCCUGGCAGCGUGGCAUAUGUGUCUCGGUCCGGGGGUAUGUCCAACGAGCUCAACAACAUAGUCUCCCGCACCACAGACGGCGUCUAUGAAGGUGUUGCCAUCGGAGGAGACAGAUAUCCAGGCUCCACCUUCAUGGACCAUGUCCUACGUUACCAGGACACUUCAGGCGUUAAGAUGAUAAUAGUGCUGGGAGAGAUCGGAGGUACAGAGGAAUACAAGAUCUGCCAAGGCAUCACAGAGGGCAGGAUAACCAAGCCUGUUGUGUGCUGGUGUAUUGGAACCUGCGCCACCAUGUUUGCUUCAGAGGUUCAGUUCGGCCAUGCAGGUGCCUGUGCCAACCAGGCUUCAGAAACGGCAGUAGCCAAGAACCAGGCUCUGAGGGACGCUGGCGCUUAUGUACCAAAGAGCUUUGAUGAGCUGGGGGAUGUCAUCAAGAACGUUUAUGAUGAACUGGUGUCCAAUGGUACCAUCAUUCCUGCCCAGGAGGUGCCUCCCCCAACAGUGCCUAUGGAUUACUCUUGGGCCAGGGAGUUGGGUCUGAUCCGUAAGCCGGCCUCAUUCAUGACGAGCAUCUGUGACGAGCGUGGCCAGGAGCUCAUCUACGCUGGCAUGCCCAUCACUGAGGUCUUUAAAGAGGAGAUGGGUUUAGGAGGAGUGCUGGGCUUGCUUUGGUUCCAACGCAGGUUGCCGCGAUAUGCCUGCCAGUUCAUUGAGAUGUGCCUGAUGGUGACUGCUGAUCACGGGCCUGCCGUCUCUGGUGCACACAACACCAUCGUCUGUGCUCGCGCUGGCAAGGACCUUAUCUCAAGCCUCACCUCCGGCCUGCUCACCAUCGGGGACCGUUUUGGAGGUGCUCUGGAUGCAGCCGCAAAGCAGUUCAGCAAGGCGUUUGACAGUGGCAUGCUGCCCAUGGAGUUUGUCAACAAGAUGAAGAAGGAUGGCAAGCUGAUCAUGGGCAUCGGACACAGAGUCAAAUCAAUCAACAACCCAGACAUGCGGGUGCAGAUUCUGAAGGACUUUGUUAAGCAGCAUUUCCCCUCCACCCACGUACUCGACUACGCCCUAGACGUAGAGAAGAUCACCACCUCCAAGAAACCAAACCUGAUUCUCAAUGUAGACGGUUUCAUUGGUGUUGCCUUUGUGGACCUGCUUAGGACGUGCGGUGGCUUCACACGAGACGAGGCUGACGAGUUUGUGGAGAUCGGUGCACUAAACGGGAUUUUUGUCCUUGGACGUAGUAUGGGCUUUAUUGGACAUUACCUGGACCAGAAGAGGCUGAAACAGGGUUUGUACCGCCACCCCUGGGAUGACAUCUCCUAUGUGCUUCCUGAACAUAUGUCCAUGUAAUCCCCACAUUACAGAAUGGAACACGCUAACAGAUGUGACUGCCCAGAUGAGUCUGGCAGCAUUACACAUCUCACUUAAUGUAUAUGUACUCUCCGGGUAUGACAACAGUGGCCUUGGGAAAACGGGGCAGGGUGAGUCUGGGAAAUGGAAGUAGUUUUUACUGAGAAAAAGGGCAAGUAUAUUUGCAGAUUUAGUUUUGGGAAAAUAAUUUAAAUUCUGAGUUGUUACUUAUUCAGUUUUGACCACAGACCCAAACCAAACUACAGUAGUUGCUAAAGCACAAAAUCUAUUGGUACUUUAAAAAAUGGGCAGGAUUCAAAGCACAUUUCAAACUGGACUCCUGCAUUACAGAGUCUGAUUAGGUAACCUGCAGUAACAGCUGCUGUCAAGUUUGUCAACAAUAUAACAUGUUUUUGAUACUAUUCCAAAAAAAAUAAAUUAAUAAGCAUUUGCCUUUUUACGCCACACGACAGUGUGCUUAAUUAUGCUCCCUGGCUUUCCGAGUAUUGCCAGUAUAGUUUAAACAUUAGAAAAUAAUGUCUGUUUUAAAUUCCUUCUCCAAGAUUCAAUCCUAUUGAGAAAGAUUGUUGUCAUCACAAGAUAAACCACAUUUAUUUUUAGGAAUGGUCAUCUUUGUUAGAUGUUCUAAAAAACAGACACAAAUUGUUCCAAAUGGUUGACAUUACAGAGCUUAUCUUAAAAACAGCAGACAAACAGAUUAAACAAACAUAUGGUGAUUUAAGUGUCACUCCGAUAUUGCCUUUCCUAAAACAACCAGACUAGGUAGCAGACCAGACUAGAAUAGUUGGAAUUUAGCAACUAUUGUACGUUAGAUUCAGUUUUGAGUUGUUCAGGUCUUUCACACAAAGUAUGAAUUAAACUACUUUUGUAAAAUGUAGAUUUAUCAAAAGGGGACAAACAAAAUGUUUCAUGAAUGAGCACUUGAGUCUUCUGGUGAGGGACCAUGAAAAGCGUUUACUUCACUUGGGGAAAUGAUUACACAUAAAAUGGAUAAUAAAAAAGCUUUGUAUAAUAAUUGUCCAACUAUACUUAAGACUUGUUACCAAAAAAAAAAAACCGCUUUGUAACUGCCCACUGUACGGCCUGCUGUGUUUGCGCUUUGUUUUUGCUGUUUUUAUUUAACUGUGAAAAAAAUGCUUUGUUUUUUUGUAAUAUGCUGCAAAUGGUAGUAUAAUAAUAAAGAACUUAUUGUUUUACUUUU